AUGAACAUUCUAACUCAAGAGACUGUGAGUAAGCAGCUCAUCCUAGGAGGCCUCCCAGGUGCCAGGUUGCCCCUUCUGCCAAUCACCCUCUUCCUCCUUCACGCCCACUUCCCCAGAAGAGGAAGCAAUCACCUCCUCUGGGAAGACCUGCCCUUGCUAAAGACAGCAUUUGCACUCUGCCUCUCCCGCAGCACAGCAGCAGGGAAAAAUGGAACAAAUUUUGUCAUCUCACCUGCUGGUGUGUCCCUCCCCCUGGAAGUCCUGCAGUUUUGAGCCCAGGGGAAUACUGGCCGGCAGCUGGCAGAUGCCUUGGGAGACACUGUACAAAACCCUAAAGUGAGGAAUGUCUUGCAUGCUGUUUACACCACACUACGCAACUCCAGCCAAGGCACCAAGGCGGAGGUGGCAUGUACCCUCUCUGUACAAGCGGGAACACCACUGUCUCCUUGCUUCCUGGAACAGAUCUCCUGGUGAGCCAACAGCGGCAUGGAGCCAGCUGACCUUGGUAAACCCAACAGCACCACCAUCCAGACUAACAAAGAGGACUCAGGACAACCCACAGGCAGGGGCCCAGGCAGCCCCCCAUGGGAGCAGGUCAGCACUAUGUCUGCCCAGCUCGCCCUUGUGAGCACCAUGACCUUCCAAAGCACUUGGCAGAGGAUAUUCUUCUCCACAGACUCACAACCCCUGCCUUUCACCUUUGCCCAUGGCCUCAUCCUCCAGGUCCCCAUGAUGCGCCAGAUGGCUGAGGUCAACUAUAUUGCUAAUUCCUGACCCACUGAACCCCCGGGCCAGUUCCAGGAUUCUGUAGGCCAUCAGGUGUCACCACUGGAGCUACCAUACCUGGGAAGGGCAGCAAGUCUCUUCCUGGUACGGCCCUGUGACAGAGAUACACCCCUGGGCCACACUGAGCCACAACUUACAGCCAGAGUCCUUGACCUCUGGAUCAGCAAGCUGAGGUGAGCCAAGAUGGAUAUGUUCCUCCCCAGAUUUAGGAUUCAAAAUCAAUUCAACUUAAAAAGCAUUUUAAGGUCUUGGGGAAUCACUGAUCUUUUUGAUCCACUGAAAGCUAACUUGAAAGGAAUUUCAGGCCAGGAUGGCUUUUAUAUUUCUGAAGCAAUCCACAAGGUCAAGAUGGAGGUUUCAGAGGAAGGCACUAAAGCAAGUGCAGCCACAGCUCUGUUGUUACUGAAAAGGUCUCGGAUUCCUGUUUUUAAAGCAGAUCAGCCAUUCAUCUUUUUCCAGAGAGAACCCAGCACAGGGUUUGUCCUCAGUAUUGGGAGAGUUUCAAAUCCUCUUGACUUAAUUAGCAGAUUUCAAGAAUGUUCUCCACUUUCAUGUAUGCUUUUCAUUAAAAAAUUAAUUUCACUUUGCUAUAUCCUUGAAAUUUAA